GCUGCACCUACUUUGCCUCUACCCUAUGAUCACUGACCACUCAUCAUCUCUCUCUCUCAUCUAAACCUUCCUUCCUUCAUUCAUCCAUUGAAAAACCAAAACCAAAACCUCCUUCUCUUUUCCUCUCCUCUCCCUCACAUUCAUUACACCUACCCUUUUGCCUCCCCCUUCUGAAAAUUUAUUUCAUUCCUCUCCUCCACUUCCCCUUAUCUCCAUUUUUCAUACCAUAGUUCCAUUUUUCAACAAAGUUCAAAUCUUUCACCCACUCACACAUUCCUACUUGAAGAUCUAACCAUAAACCCUUUUGGGGUGAACAAAGAAGAAGAAGAAGCAAAAGCCAUGUCAAGCAAAUGGAGAAAAGUGAAGCUUGCUCUUGGCUUCAAUUCAUGUGCUCACAUUCCUAGCCCUUUAGAUGAUUCCUCCUCACCUCUCAACUCCACCGCCGCUAGAUUUUCCGGCGCUGCACUGCCGUCUGUUGUUUUUCCGGCCAGUGACACCUCCAGUUACCGCCCUAGCACCCCUACACCAUCAUCCUCUGGUCUCCGACUUCCCAAAUCAGGAUCCAAAUCACCAAAGGGAACUUGUGCAAUAUGCCUGAACUCAAUGAAACCAGGGCAGGGCCAUGCCAUUUUCACUGCAGAAUGUUCUCACUCUUUUCAUUUUAAGUGUAUCACUUCUAAUGUGAAUCAUGGGAAUCGGAUUUGCCCUGUUUGCAGAGCAAACUGGAAAGAAGUUCCUUUUCAAAGUCCUGCUUUUAAUAUGUGCCAUGGCAUGCCUCAAAACAAUGCAGUAAUUCCACAAGAUGAUGACUUGACAGGUAUCAUCAGGAGACUUCCUUCUCCUCAAGUGGAUGCAAGUCGGCAGGUUUCAUCGCUUUAUCAUGUUUCUGAACCAGCUAUUUUUGAUGAUGAUGAAUCCUUGGACCAACAAGCUUCAGUUACCCACAGUAAGAAUGAGCCUGAUCAUCAUAUCAUAAAUACAAUGGAGAUAAGAACAUAUCCUGAGGUUUCAGCUGUUCCAAAGUCAGCAUCUCAUGAUGCCUUUGCUGUACUAAUUCAUCUCAAAGCUCCGCACUCAGAGAGAAAACAUGAUAUUUGUGGAAACAAUACUGACUCACCCUCACCACCACCUUUAGUUGAAAAUUCUCGUGCUUCGGUUGACCUUGUUACAGUUCUUGAUGUAAGUGGUAGCAUGGGAGGUACUAAGCUUGCAUUGCUAAAACGAGCUAUGGGUUUUGUCAUUCAAAAUCUGGGUCCAUCGGAUCGGUUGUCUGUCAUUGCCUUCUCUUCCACAGCGCGCCGUAUCUUUCCUCUUCGGCUGAUGACUGACAUUGGAAGGCAGCAGGCAUUACAGGCUGUCAAUUCUUUGACUUCAAAUGGCGGGACAAACAUCGCUGAAGGCUUGAGGAAAGGUGCCAAGGUGUUUGCUGAACGCCGGUGGAAGAACCCAGUUAGCAGCAUCAUAUUGCUAUCUGAUGGGCAGGAUACGUACACAAUUAGUAGCAGACCGAAUGUUGGAACAGAUUACCAGUCACUUGUCCCAAACUCCAUUCAUCACAAUAAUGGUACAGGGUUGCAUAUACCGGUGCAUGCUUUUGGCUUUGGCACUGAUCAUGAUGCUACUUCAAUGCAUUCUAUCUCUGAGAUAUCCGGGGGUACAUUUUCUUUUAUUGAAGCUGAGGAUGUGAUUCAGGAUGCAUUUGCACAGUGUAUUGGGGGGCUCUUGAGUGUGGUUAUGCAAGAAUUACAAAUUGAAGUUGUGUGUGUUCAUCCUCAUUUGCAACUUAGUUCAGUGAAAGCAGGAAACUACCGAACAAGCUUGACGACCAAUUCAAGAAUGGGUUCUAUAAAUAUUGGGGAUCUGUAUGCUGAUGAAGAAAGAGACUUUUUGGUGACAAUCAAUGUUCCAGUUGAUAGCUCAAGUGAUGAGAUGUCAUUGUUGACGGUCAGAGGUCUCUAUAGAGACCCCAUGACAAAAGAAAUGGUGGCUCUGGAAGAAACUAGUGAAGUAAAAAUUCAGAGACCUGACGUCGGUAGUGAGUUAGUUGGGUCGAUAGAAGUUGACAGACAGCGAAACCGGCUUCAAGCAGCUGAGGCAAUGGCAGAGGCUAGAGUUGCGGCCGAACGCGGGGAUUUGUCCACUGCAGUUUCUAUCCUAGAUCGCUGCCAAAAGGCGUUGUCUGAAACUGUUUCUGCCCAAGCCGGGGAUCGGUUAUGUGUUGCGCUUUCGGCUGAAUUAAAGGAGAUGCAAGAGAGGAUGGCGACCCAACAAGUCUAUGAGCAGUCUGGAAGGGCUUAUGUUUUGUCAGGAAUGAGUUCACAUGCAUGGCAAAGGGCAACAGCGAGGGGUGAUUCUACCGACAGCACCAGCGUUAUGCAAUCAUACCAAACCCCUUCUAUGGUUGAUAUGGUUAUGCGAUCUCAAACCAUGGUUUUCGGAGCUCCUCAAGGUAGACGCGUUCUCCAGCCUACUAAAUCAUUUCCUGAGAGGCAGAGAAGAUAAUAAUAAUGCAAACUGGAAAAAUCAUUCUUAUCCUAUACAUACAAUUGUGGGGGAAGAGAGACUUUUGAGUUUCUUCUAGCAUGUUUAAUUCCACGGUAAAGUGCUCUAGAAUCCAUUCUGGUUAGAAGCUACAAGUCUUAGCUUCUGAGUACUUUGAAUUCUGUGCAAGUCAUGAAACCAAACAUGCACUCUUAUCUUUUUUUGCCAUUUUAUUUUUUGGUUUUUGUCAAGGUGGGGUAUAAUGGAAGGAGUUUUGGGUGGAUAAAAUUCCUGAUUUUGCCAAAUUAAACUGUAAAUGCAUAAGCUGGAUAAUGGGGCUCUGCGGAGAAUGGUGAAAAGGGACAGGUGGAUAUGUCAAGUGUGAUUCUGAGUGAUGUACAUAACUUACUGCUUUCAGUUGAGUUGUGUGGGUGAAUUUUUUUUCACUUUGAUUCUAUAUUCUAUAUACAUAUGAUAUAUACUAUUAUGCUUCUGAUUCUUUUCAUAAGUGGAUAUUCUGAUAUAUGUUUUAAGUUGAA